UGCAUCUGCAGACCGUGGCCGUCGACUCUAGGGAAGAUGACCUCGGCACCCCGAAGACACUGGGCGGGGCGGCUGUAAUCCUAGUCCUGUAAUCCUAGCUCUCGGGAGGUGCAGGCAGGAGCAUCACCAUGAGUUCGAGGUCACCUACAAAACGAGACUAAAACCCAGACCACACAGAGAACCCCACCUCCGAGUUUCUACGGGAACCAUGCUGCCCCCAGCUCUCUUCUUGCUGCUGUGGGGGACCCUGCUCUGGACGAAGGCCUCGGCGGACCCCCACUCGCUGCGCUACUUCUACACGGCCACGUCCCGACCCAGCUGCGGGAACUCGCACUUCGUCUCCGUGGGCUACGUGGACGGCACGCCCUUCGUGCGCUUCGACAGCGACUCCGCGGGCGCGAGGGUGGAGCCGCGCGCGCCGUGGAUGGCGCAGCAGGCUCGGGCGUACUGGGACGAGCAGACAGAGCGAGCCUUGCACAUGGCUCAGGUUUUCAAAGUGAACCUGCACACCCUGCGCGGCUACUACAACCAGAGCGAGGACGGCUCUCACACGCUCCAGUGGACGUCUGGUUGUGAUAUCCUGGAGGACGGACGCUUCCUCCGCGGGUACUCGCAGUUCGCCUACGACGGCGUGGACUACCUCGCCCUCAACGAGGACCUGAAGUCCUGGACUGCGGUGGGCCUGCCUGCCCAGAUAUCCAGGGACAAAUCAGAGGAAGCUGGAGACACAGAGCAGCAGCGGGCCUACCUGCGAGGAGAGUGCGUGGAGUGGCUCCUCAGAUACCUGGAAAAAGGGAAGGAGACGCUGCUGCGCGCAGAUCCCCCAGAGACACAUGUGACCCACCACCCCAUCUCCAAGGAAGAGGUCACCCUGAGGUGCUGGGCCCUGGGCUUCUACCCUGAGGAGAUCACCAUGACCUGGCAGAGGGAUGGGCAGGACCUGACCCAGGACAUGGAGCUGGUGGAGACCAGGCCCGAUGGGAGUGGAACCUUCCAGAAGUGGGUGGCUGUGGUGGUGCCUCCCGGAGAGGAGCAGAAGUACACGUGCCGUGUGCAGCAUGAGGGGCUGCCUGAGCCCCGCACCCUGACAGGGGAGCCCUCUCCUCAGUCCACCUUCCCCACUGGAGGAGUCUCUGCUGCCGCAGUAGGCUUUGCUGCCAUCAUCGUUCUCCUUGUGGUCACUGCUGUGGUGGCUCUUGUGAUGUGGAGGAGACAGAGGGCAGGUAUAAGGAUGUAUCACCACCGUAAGGCCAACUGUAAGUACCAGGUGGUGGGAUCCCCAGGUCCCUUUGGGUGUAGCUGACAGGAGCCCUUAGAGAGCUCACCUGCCCCAUGACUCCUCCCCCGCCCAUGUCUUCUGUGAGUCCUGACCUGUCCUGCCUUUCUUCUGCCAACAGUGACAGCGCCCAGAGCUCUGACUCAUCUCACUCACAGGUAAGACUGGGGCCUGAAGUGAGAAGAGCCAGGGCAGGGGCACACUCCCAGGUUGUGAGGGUUCUCUGGGUUUGGGCAUUUUGAGUGUGUGGUGGGUGGUUCAGAAAUGUGCUGCAUACGGUUUGGAUAAGAAAUGUUGCCCAGAAGCCUCACGUUCAGAGGAGAACUCAGAAGGCAGCUGGACCGUGAGGGUGCUUAGUGCUCAGUGGAUUCAUCCACUAGCGAAUUCACAGGUGAAGGUGCUGCGGAGGCAGAAGCAACUUACAAGGGUCUCUCCCUGGAUCAUCCCUUAGCGCUCCACCUCCUGGCUACGAGGAGAGCAGUUUUCCUCUGCCUAGACCACCAAGCCCUCUCUCUCGGUGUUGAAGCCAAUGACUGGAGACUGGUGCAGCUUAGAGCUUACUGCCCC